AGGAGCGAUGCAGAACCUCACGGUUUGUGUGUCUGCGCUGGCUCCGGCGUUUGUAUCGACAUCAGCGCCGAUAUUUCUGAGUUAAAAACAUCUCGCAGCUUGUUUUUUUUCCCCAACCGUGUCCUUUUCUGCGGCUACGUGGCCGUAUAAGGACCGCGCUGUGCUGUGGGCUCGAUGGAUGACAGCGCUCCCGCAGCACAGUUACAGCUCGCUAAUAUUUUUUUUAUCGAGAACAGACUUCUAAUGAGGUUAUGAAACGAGCCUGUGUCACUGCUAAGUCCCACCCAUUUGCUGUGCUGCUGAGAUAGGCCACCCAUGAUUCCAUCCUGGGGAUUCGGGGUGAUUUCGAUGCUCCAGUGACUCUCCCAGCCUCAGCUUUAGCUGCCACCUUAGUGGCCUGAUAACCUCCAAGUUUUGCAGACUUCUGACCUCUAGGAAAAGAAGAAAGCCGUGUUUUUCUUUUUCUUUUCUUUAUCCCAAGAAGCUCUCCCAGAGGGAUGUGUGUGUCUGUGAUAACUUUCUUCCAAUUCUGGCAUUUUCAGCCCUACCCAGAGGACAUAGUGAGUGAGUACUCAAAAGACAUUUCUGCUAAAGCCAAGCAGUCUCCAGUAAAACAGGGAGAAGUAGGGCAGUUGUCCAUUAGUUUCCUUCUGGUGAAAAUAUUUGAUGCUUCUGAAACUCUUAGGGAUCUAUGUCCAACAACUUGCAAAUAAUGAAAGCUUAAAUUUGUAAAACUCAUCAGCAUGUCUUGGUAAGCCCUGUAAAGGGGAAUAGUCGUGAUUUGGAGGUGUUAUGCUUCUUUAAGGCAGCAGAAAUUUAUUUUUAGCAUUAUCAGACUACUGAGUUUUUAUUUCUUAAUGUCUCUUUUUACUCUCCAUCCAUAAAAUGAUCAUAAGGUUUUUCUUCAGUGUUAGAACACAGGCUGAAUUCACGAGGGUGCAGAACGUGCUGAAAUAAGCCCUAUAUAAGAACUGAUUAAUUAAUGUAUUUCAGGGGUUUUCUUAGUGAAAGUAUGCAAACUGGAAGAAUAUUUAAUCUCUCUAUAGCCAGUCUGCUUUGAGUGCUGUAAGACUGUGGCCCAAGUAUUGUGUAUUUAUUUAUUUAUGAUGUUUUCAGUUAGCCAGCUGCUGUUUCAGGAUUCCUGUUUGACUCCUUUUUUUUUUUUUUUGUUUUAUUAAUUGGUCAGAAAUGUAGCUCAAUUUCAAAGCUUUCUGAUUUAAUGUUACAUAAUAACAAUGAAAAAAGUCAUCUGUGAAAAAAGUGAGCCAAAUAUUACACAUAGGAGCAGCAGAAGUUGUUGACCUGUCUAACUCAGUCUCAGUUUUAUUAUUUUUGGCAAGUGUGUUUCUUCCAGUGAAGGUUCAGAUCCUCAAUCACAUCUAAAUACAUCAAUAAUAGGAGAUUUCACACCUUACACAUGGUCUGUGGAGCCCCAAAAUUAAAAAAAAAAAAAAAACAACCAACCAGACCUCGACAACACGGUUUUAGGUGGAAUAUUUUGCAUUCAGACAUCGUUUCCAGCCCGGUGUGGAUGUGUUUGGAAUCUCUUGGAGUUUUGGGAGGCCCAGCAGGCACAAGGCUGAGUGAGCAGCACCUGUUUGCAGGGCUGGCACAGGAGAAUGGAGGGAGCCUGGCUGUGAAAUAUUUGCACUUUCUGGAGUGGUUUGGCUGACACAACUGUCUCUUCAAUUCCAAUUCUGUUUCUUCACACAAUGAAAUGAAAUGUUUUUUUUUUAAAGAAGGAGGGUGAUGCUUAUUUCUAUCUGUUUUUCAGGGUAAUGCCAUACUUGGGACUAAGAUAUGGAAAGCAGGGAUGUGGUGAAUUCUGGACAAGAAACCCCUUCAUCCUCUGCAGACUCUGAUGUCAGAAACACCCACAGCUCUGUCUGGAACUUGAAUUCUAACAGAAGUUCUUCAUCCAGUCCCAAUGGAGUUUCUGGUUACUCAGGGAAUACCAGGUCCUCAUUAAAGCCUGCUUCUGUUGAGCUGCUUGCCUCCUUUAUGCAAGAUAUCCAGAACAUUGGACAUGCUGACUCAGAAAUUGUGAGGAACUGUGAGACAAGGUGGCUACAGCUACUGAGACUGGUAGAAAAACAAUGCCAGGAACAAAUAAAUGCCCAGCAAGAGCAGUUCCACCAUCAAAUCCAGCUGAUUCAGGAUGAGAUAAAGCAGCUGGUGAGGUUACAGAGCAGCACCCGGGGCAGCGGCAGGGGCCGGGCUUUGCUCACCAACACCUUCCCCUCUGUGCCGAGCCCCAUGGGGAUGCGCUCGGAGGCGUUUGAGGAGCAGGAGAGCCUCGUGAGCCAGCUGAGAUGCAGCGAAGGGGAAGCUCAGCCCGAGGCCCCCGAGGUGCAGCAGGAAUGUGCGGGCAGCGAGGCCUCCAUGAACAGCGGCUACGGCUCCUUGUCCACCUCGGAGCUGAGCCCUGCCCAGCCCGGCACAGACUGCACGGAGCAAACGCCCCACGGGGCUGGGCUGCACGGGCAUGCACACUGUGCUCAAAAUAAAAGAGAACUUGCAGCAAAAAAACCAGAGGAAAAUCGUUCUUUGGGAAGGAGUGAUGUUUUAGUGUUUCCCGCUGGGUGUGAACAUAAAGCUGAUGAAGAUCAUCAACGUGGGAAAAAACCCAGCAAAUCUUUAACAUCAUGGGCACAAAAGUUGAAACAAACCCAACCAAAAAGAGUAACUGCAGAUGAAGUAUGUGUGAACUCUAUGCAAGAAAAUGAGAGAAUGAAGAGAUUACCACUUGAGAAUACAAACCUUACUGAUGCUGCUUUGCCACCAUACACUUUUUACCUCAAUCAACCCAAGGAAAGUCCGAAUUCUGUAGUGUCAGAAGCUUCAGGACUUUCAUACUGGAAGUUAGAUGAAAAGGAGAUGUAUCACACUUUACCAGAGAAUUUCAGAAGUGAGUUGCCUGGUGUUUUCUCCACAAAAAUAUCACCAGUUCAGUUGUCUUCUACUGAUGAAAGGAAGUUGUCAUCACUGAAGGAUAUUUAUCAUAAAAGACAAAGGGAAAACAAGCAGAUGCCAGACCAGAGUUUUAUGCCUCCUUCCCAGCCAAGUCACCCACCAGAGAUCUUGACAUUGGACCCAACCCUGCAUAUGAAACCAGGCCAGCAGAACCAGGGACGCUGUUUUUUCAAUACUCCUGAAGACUCCACUCCCUUUUCUCCAGACUCUAUGGCAGAGCAUGGAUUUCCAAGUCAUUGUGACACAGACUCUUUUUCACAGACAAGUCAUUCAUCUCAGUUUGAUGAUUCUCCAACACAGCCUGCCAGCAGCAGAGCUGUGCACUUGGACCUGUGGAGAAAUCACCCAUUCCAGAGUGAAAACAGGGCCAGCUCUCCCUUCCCAGUGGCAUACAGGGAUGCUGACAAUGAUCAUUCAGUCAACACUGAGGAGGAAGAAACACUGACUCUAACUCCAUCUUCUGUUACUCACUCUGCUGACAACAGUUUGCCAGAUUACAGCCUUUCAGUGGCAUCUGUUGAAGAUCCUGUGGUAAUGUCAAAGAUUAGGCAGAACCUGAGGGAAAAACACGCUCGACACAUUGCUGAUCUACGAGCUUACUAUGACUCUGAGAUACAGAGCUUGAAACAGCAGCUGGAGUCAAGCCACAGAACUGCUGCAUCUCAGGACCUGAAGGAAAUCAAUCAAAGCCUUGCUGACAGGUGUGAGCAGUUAGAUGCAGCUCUGAAUGAAGCAAGUGCUCGAAUAAAAGCCCUUGAAAAUAAGAAUAACCUGCUAGAAAAGCAAGUGGCAGAUUGGAGAGAACGUUUCUAUUCCAUCAGUGACAAUUCCAAAGUGCUGCAGGAGCGGCUCGAGGAAAUGCGCACGAGCCACAAGGAGAAGGACAACACCAUCAGCCGCCUGAAAUCCAGGCUCAAGGAGCUGGAGGAGGCUUUUGAGAAGUUAUCUUACAGGUUAUCUGACAAUACAAACACCAGGCUCCAGGAGGAAAACAAAAUGUUUCAAAAUCUUUUAGGAGAAUACGAGUCCCUUGGAAAGGAACAUGAAAGAGUAAAGGAUACAUUAAAUACAACUGAAAACAAAUUGCUUGAUGCAAACACAGAGAUUUCUGAUUUGAAAAGGACAAUUUUAAAACUUGAAGCUCAGCUCAAGCAGGUGGAACAUGAAAAUGCACUGAAACUUCGCCAUAUAAGUGAAAAUCGUUUAAGAACCUCUUGUGCCAACAAGCUGGGAACUCCUGAUGUCAGCAGGAGAAAGUGGCUGAUACCAGGAGCUGAAUAUUCCAUCUUCACUGGGCAGCCUUUGGAGGGCCAGGAAAGCCCCAAAGACAACAGGCUGGAAGAAACCUAUAUUCCUUCUAGGCACAAUUCUCCUCCUGAGAAAGACUCCUCACAGGAAGAUUCUUCAACAAACACAAUAGAAAAGAAAGAAAAUGAGAUGUCAGAAGCACCAAUUAUAAAAGCCUUUAAAGAACUUGAAGAAGGAAAAAUAUUUAAAGAUUGGGGUACACAGACAGAAAAAGAAGAUGCACCAGCUAAACCAUCAACUCGACGUCAGACCGUUGGGUUUGUUGAAACUUCUUUGGUUUCAAACCGAUCUCCAGAGAAAGGAAGAGACCAGCACAGACCCAAACGGUUCAGCUCCCCCUGUGGCCAGAGGUCAUCGUCCCUUCCUCCUGCAAACAGGAAAUCCAACACUCCCACAAGAAGAGAGAUAAUGUUGGCACCAGUGUCUGUGACAUAUAGCCCAAAACGAUCUCCAAAAGAAAACCUCUCUCCUGGAUUUAGCCAUUUGCUCAGCAGAAAUGAAAACACAGUGACAAGAUUUGAUAUACUUCUAGAUGACCUGGAAACUGGUGCUACUUCUACUUUACAGCACAAUAAUCCAAGGAAAAGGCUCCAGUUUCACUCAUUAGAUGAUGUAGAAGGAAGGCAGCAUUCAGGUGCCAGACACAGCUCCUGUACUGAAUCUGUCAGUAAUGGAAAGAAGAAAGCUGCAGCUUGGGAGGAGAGGAGCCAGAGAUACGAGGCAGAGCAAUCACCUUGUGAGGAAGACUUCAAGUACACAGCAAGGAUUACAACUCUGGCUGAAACAGAGAGGCUUUUUGAUGAGCUGACUCAUGAAAAGCAACAGAUUGAGGCUGCACUGAGCCGAAUCCCUUGUUCUGGUGGAAGAAUGACCUUGCAAGCAAGACUAAAUCAGGAAGCCCUGGAAGAUCGUUUGGAAAGAAUUAACAGAGAUUUGGGGUUAAUACGAAUGACUCUGAAAAGAUUUCAUGUUUUAAGAACCUCUGCAAAUCUUUGACUGCAAAUAUACUUUUUUUUUUUGCACUAAUAUAUGAGGAUGCACUCAGUAAAUGCAAAUUAUUUUGUAUUUUUAUAAACCCUGAAAAGUAGUUUUGCAACCAUGUUACCCUUUACAAGCAGCAAUAUUUUGUACUUCAAACAGCCACCUCUAUUUUAAACGUAUUUUUGUUACACCUGAGAAAUCAAUGUUUAUCCUGUAUUGUAAUAUUUUUAGAAAUAUUAAUUAUUUUUAAAUAGUGAUAUUCAAUUUAUAAUAAGAAACUAAAAGGCAGCUUGUUUUCAGAGAAAAAUGGUAGUGUUACCCUUUUGCACUUGGUUUUCCUCCACCAUUUUAUAAAUAUUUAUGGUGUGAUGUAAAUAUUAGCCAAGAGGAGAUUUUGGACUUUAAUACAAAAAGCAACAUGAGUUGUUGAAGAGAACCACUGUUCUGUGGUAAAUCCUUUUAAUUUAAACCUUUGACAUGGAUGUUUCUCAUUGUGACAGAACUGUGAGCAAUACUUGCACUAUGGCUGGCUGGGGCAGGAAAACCCUUCUCUGAUUUAUCUGAUGUCUGCCAGCAGUCACAGCGAGGGCUGUUUUGAUCCUGUGAGUACCAGGACUCACCUGGCAGCAGCCUCCUGUCUCCCAGUGAACAACUGCACUCCAGGACUGGAAUUCCUUUCCUGAAGUUACUGUUCCAUGUGCCAGCCUGGCUUUCAUGCCUGUGUUCUGUUCGUGUACAUUUCAUGUAUUUGUGAACAUAAACAAUUUUUUCUCGGUGAAAAAAUACUUAUUUGCCAGUUGUCAUGUUGUUGCAUUACUAUCCAACAUUGAUAUUUUGGUUUGUAUUUUAAUAUUAAAUAAAUGUUUAAUUAGAUUCUUUCCUCCUGCCCAAGUACAGUAAUAGGCUCUGGGAUAUUACAUCAGCGAUAAUGUAGGUUUUAAUCAUAUUGUGUGUUUCAAAUUCUGUCCUUGUUCAAGAUGUUUAGCCACCAAUGAUGUGAUUAUAGGGCCAGAAUAGCUGUCAUAAAGGAAGCUUGAGAAGGUCUGAUUCUAAAAUUAGAGUGCUGUGGUUUAAGAUAUUUGAUGAGGAGCUGUCCAACCCAUGCAUGGUCUUUUAAAAAAUUCUGUUGUUUUUGCAACCCA